UACACUGACCUGGAUAUUAUGGCUGAGGAGGACUCCACCGACCUUUUUAAACGCCAUGGAUUAUUGGACUAUAAAAUACCGUAUACGUGCUUGUAUUCAAAAGCUGGACCUGUGUCUAUAGACUGCUGGUAGAGGAACCGUGAGGCUCCUCUGCUCUGGUGGAGGGACUUGCUUUGGAGGUAAUGGACAAUAUCGAUAAGUAAGAAAUCAAAACCUGGACCGUGCUGCGUUCUCCUGCUAUAUCACGGCUUUUGGAUCUCGGUUGGACCGACCUGCUUCUGUGGUUGCUCACUGGAACUGGAUAUCACAUCUGAGAGGGUCGUAACAUCAUCAUUACUCAGAGACAACAGUAUUUACUUCUCUGAAGUGAGGAAGUAGAGCUGCGUCAGGCUAAAUCAAGCUCGCUACGUGUAUGGCAGGAAAUUGGGGAUUUCGCCUUCAAGAUAAAAGCAUCGGACAUAUUUGUUGACUUUUAGUAAUGGAUGUUGUAGUUUUUGAAAGUCGCAACACUUCUUGAAAACAGCGGUGGACUUGUAUAAAGAAUAAGAGCCACCUUAUUGUGUACAGACGCGGAUUUCUUUACUAUAGGUAAGCCUGCAUUCGUUUUAUUGUGAAAGCUCAGAGCGGAAGUCGUGCUCCCGUCGUCCAGCCGUUGACACAGGUUUGGAGAGGGAUGUGGCCAGGAUGUAUUUAUGCUGCUGUUCAAGAUAUGAAAAUCAGUGAAUUACAGCUUCACUGCUUCACCACGGGACACAGCAGGAGUGACGACAGUGCUGCUAUCCGUCGGAGCGGCUGUUGUCGGCGGCUAAAAUCAGUGAGCACGACCGCGGCUGCUGCUGCUGUGCUAGUUUCGCCGAGACUGGACCAUUUCCAUGAAGGCUUGUCAACCUCACGCCCCAACAGUUUGUGUGCUGGGCUGUACUCUGUGCUUGGUUACGUAAUAAAAGUAUGUGAAUCUAUACGGUCACAUUGUUGACUUUUUUAUUUUUUUCUACAAAGACUUGUAUUUUCCUAUUUUUUAUUUAAUAAACAUGUCGACAACUCAGCGUCAAGUGAUGAUGGAGUCGUCCCUAGCGCUCGGCAGACUGGAGCUGACCCCCAGUUCAGCCGCGGUCGGGGUCAGCUUGACCCCGCGGCUGUCCGGAGGGACCCCCGGGAAAGAGAAGUGCAGUCAGCGGCCUCAGGUGUCACAAGGACCGGCUCACCUGAACGGAUGCGUCCCGCUGUCACAUCAGGUUGCAGGUCACAAGUAUGGAGUGGAUAAAGUGGGUAUUCUGCAGCAUCCAGAUGGGACAGUCCUGAAGCAGCUUCAGCCUCCACCCAGGGGUCCAAGAGAGAUGCAGUUUUACAGCAUGGUGUAUUCAGAGGACUGCUGUGAUCCGUGUCUUCUGGAGCUCCAGAAUCAUCUACCCAAGUACUACGGCACCUGGUCUUCUCCUGACAGCCCGAAUGACCUUUAUCUGAAGCUGGAGGACGUGACUCGACGCUUCGUCAAGCCGUGCAUCAUGGACGUGAAGUUGGGCCAGCGGAGCUACGACCCGUUCGCGUCGCAGGAGAAACGGGAACAGCAGAUCAGGAAGUACCCGCUGAUGGAGGAGAUUGGCUUCCUGGUCCUUGGCAUGAGGGUGUACAAGGUGUGCAGUGACACGUUUGACUCAUAUGACCAGCACUAUGGCAGAGGACUUGUGAAGGAGACCAUUAAAGAUGGUCUCGCUAAAUUCUUCCAUAACGGUGUCAGCCUGAGGAGAGAUGCCGUGUCGGCCAGCAUCCGCAGAGUUCAGCGAAUCCUCCGCUGGUUCGAGUCCCAGCAGCAGCUCACCUUUUAUGCCAGCUCCCUGCUCUUCGUCUACGAGGGUCUGCCCUCCUCUCCCUCCUCAUGCUGUCUCCCCUCCCCUCUCAACACCCCUCCAAUCAGCUUGACUGGAGGGAAAGGCAGCAAGCUGUCAUCAGCAGCUGACGGCGGCGUAGUCAUUGACGGGACGGCGAGACAGGAAGAGGCGGGGCAAGAAGAGGAAGUAGCUGAGUACAACAACAACAACAUCCAGGUGUCUGUGCCCUGGGACUACAGCCUGGUGACAAUCUACGCUAACCACACAAAAGGGGGCCACCAUCACUGUGCCAAGGGUCAUCUCCAUGGCAACAGCGGAGCCAGUGACACCAUGGAGACGACAAUGAGCUCUGGAGAUAAAACCUCAGCACUGUGCGAAGAAGACAACUCAGCGUGGAAACGGACAGGUGAGUCUCAGAGGGCUCCGAACGGGAAUGGAAACAAAUCACAACUGGAAGGGAAGGAGGAGGACGGAGAGGAGGAGGACUGCGGCAGGAGGAGGACGGGGGAGGAGAAAGGAGAAGGAGGUGACACGACGGAGGGCAGCGGAGGAGACGCAGAGGUGGAGGUCAGGAUGAUCGACUUCGCCCAUGUUUUCCCGAGCGAGAGCCCCGAUCACGGAUACAUCUACGGCCUCAAACACCUGCUGACGGUGCUGGAGCAGAUCCUCUGUGACUCCGUCUAGAGCCCCUAUCUUCUCUUUACCUCCCCAUCAAACCCUCCUGUCUUCUCAAGAAACUCUCAGAGGAGAGGGAAUAAUCAAAGAAGUGAAUAUUGAACUAGAACCAUCAUCAUCAUCAUCAUCAUCAUCUCACCUGGUUUGAUGGUCUGUCUGUCGUGUGUUGUGUUUGUUUGUGUGAAUGUGGAGGCAGUAGGAGCUGACUGCUGUGUUUCCCUGUGAUCAGCAGAAACUACAUGCACUAAUCGAUUCAUGAAGGCAUUUGGACCCUGAACUUAAACGCAACAUCUUCAGAUGCUCAAUCUCUUUGAGUUGUACAUCACAUUUAGUGACUAUAAGACAAUAUUCUUUAGCUGAAAGAUUGAAGGUUUCUGCUCAAGUUUUAAAUCAUUGGUGAUAUUUUAAACACCCUUUAAUUUGAUCAAAUUUUGAUCUGACAAUCUUUGUCACAUGGCUGAUAUCCAACAAUACCAAUCAUAAACUAAAGCAUCAACCCUAGUUUCUCUAGCCAACAGCUGCAAAAGAAGUGCGGCACAGUUUGGUAAUAAUAUGCAAUUACAAUUAUACUGUACAAUACUGCAAUUACAGAUAAAAAGUGAAAGUGCAAUAGUGCCGCUAUUGUAAACUUAAAGGUUUCUCUGCGGGCAUUUUUGUCAACCUUUUAAGGUCUGCUAAAUCCAUUUAGACCUGAGGCUGACCAAAGAAAUGCCUUCUAAAACUUCAGUAUUUGGAAACAAUGUCCAAAAACCAGAGGGUGGUUGGAUCGCUCUCUCCAGGCAGGGAGGGCGUCUUUGGCCAAAGUGAAGAAUUCCAGGUACCUCAGGGUGUUGCUCACUAGUGAGGGUAGAAUAGACCGUGAGACGGACAGGUGAAUUGGUGCAGCAUCGGCAAUUUUGUACGGUGCUGCCGCGGUUUAGGGGAAGCUGAACCAGAAGGCAGAGCUCUCAAUUUACCUGUCGAUAUCUUUUCCAGCCCUUACCUAUGGUCAUGAGCUCUGCGUAAUGACUGAAGAGUAAGAUUUCAGGUUCUAGAGGUCGAAACGAGAUUCCUCAAGGGGGUGUCUGGGCUCAGCCUAAGAGACAGGGUUAGGAAGGAUCUUAAAGUAGUGCCACUGGAUGCCUCAUGGUCGCCUCUCUGGGGAGGUCUUCCUGGUGCGUCCAACCAGGAAGAGACCCCUGGGUAGACCAAGGACUUGCUGAAGGGGUUAAAUAUCUUAAUUGGAUUGGGAAUGCCUUUGAAUCCCCUGGGAAGAGCUGGAAAAUGUUGCUGGAGAGAGAAAAUUGAGGCUCAGCCAAACUGCUCUGAUGUCUAGUUCAGUGUUAAUUUUGGAAGCUAUUUUUACUUUUAGUCUUAGUAUUAGUCUUUAAAUGAAAUGCAUUUUAGUCAAAUGCAUUUCAUUUAAAGACUAAAUUAAAAAUAGCUGGCAAAAUGAACACUGAACUGCUGAAAGGAAGUUAAUACAGAGCAUGUGACAUGAAAGGAGCCAAAGCGCCCUCUACUAGAUAGAUAAUAGAACACAGACAUGAUAUUUAAGAAAAAACAAGUCUUAUUUCCUGCGCUUUAUUAGUGAAAAUACAAGUGUUAACAUCAGCAACUUUCAGCCAAUUACUGAUUUUUAAUAGGCAAAAAUCGCCCAAUUAAUCAAUGCCGGCCAAUUAAAUCAGUCGGUUCUUGUAAGAACCUUUUUUAUGAGAAAAAUGCUAAUCUGAGCCUGUCAGUGGCAAAAAGAAGUCUGUUUAGUGGAUAUACUUUGUCUUCAUCGACACAGCUAAAGAACUUUACAUGACCAUUUUCUAACUUUUUUAUCUAUGUAUUAUAUGCAGCCUACUUUGAAACUGGUGGAAGAAUUUCCUGUAAUACAUUCUGCUUGUUUUUCCAGAUCUUUGACUAGUUAUGCUUUUAUCUUGGACAAUAAAGCUGGUUAUGAUGUGGGAAUUAGCCAAUUUAGGUCAAAUUUUAAGGAAUUUAAUUGUUUUAACAGGUAAGCCAGCAUUGUUAUCUCAAGAUAACAGGAAAAAUAAGUCUUGGUUAAAAACCUGUAAAUAACUUAUAAAAUGUAGUGAUAUCUCAACUUGAACUUCUGCUAAAACUACCUAAAACUCAACUUUAAGCUAGUUGUAGCACAAUAAAAUGUAAUGAAUUCAUAUAGUUUUUCAUUACAUCAGCCCCUAAAAUCUAGCCUGCAUUCGUCAAUAAUAGUUAACUGGAUUUGGUGAGAAUUUUCAGGCACAAAUUAAAUAAAAAAACAAUCCUUUUUCCAUAUAAACCAGCAAAACAGCCACUGAAUAUAGCAGUUAAUUAUUUUUCUCUUUUCUGCAUGUUAAUGCAAUGCAAACUGUAAUAUUCUUAUGUCUGAUGGAUUUAAAAGUACCAAAGCUUUAAAAAACAUCCCCUAUUUCAAAAUACAACAGUUGGUUAGACAAGGACAGUUCCUUAAAAGUUGCAGAAGACCUCCUUUACUGACAUAAAACUGUGACAUCAGAUUCCAAAAAUCCUUUUUACAUAAUUUUGGCGUAAAGGUGUGAGUCCCGAGCCCAGCAGAAACCUGAAAGAUGUUGUGUUCAAGUCAGGAGGCCAUGUUGUUUUUAGUUAAAGCCACUGUCUACAGGUAUCUAACUCAGGUAACUUUACUGUAAGAAAACAUUACUACUACUAUCCUCUCAGCAGCUCGACGGUCAUGCUGCAUGAUCGUUCGGUUCUUUAAUGAUUGUUUUAUUUGGUCUUUCUCUGUGUGUUUUAUCUCAUCAUCAACUUUAUCUCAUAAAUGUUGAGUGUUUAACCGCUUCUCCUUACGUGUUCAAUUUACCAUGGCUGUUUUUAACUGUUGUUACAUGUUUAGCUGCCAAAUCACCUCUCCUUUCUGAAGCCUGUGCUCUUUGCUGUGUUUGGUGCAGUAACAUGGUGACCCUAAAUCCACCCGAACACACCUGGUGUUUAGAAACAGGAAAAUAUUUCUGAAAUCUGACCUUAGAUUUCCUUUUUUAUUUAUGCUCCCUUUUUAUCAAAGGUUAAAUUGCUCUUGAUGGACUUUUGUGCCAUUGCUCUGGCAAUAACCCUGUAUUUUCUUGUGAUUUUAAUUUAUGAUAUUUGUAUUGAUUGAUUAAUAUCUGGGCCAAAAUAGGAAAAUCAGCUACUUCCCUCACAAGUAUACGGAAGCCCAAAGAGAAUAUGCAUCCAGUUUAAUCUUACACCUGGUGGUACUGAGAAUUUAGCUUUUUUUUUUCUUGAAAUUUCAACAUAUAUCCCUUGUUAUCUUUGGAUAUUAACCCUGGUUUUCUUGAGAACAAUUAAUUUUCAUCUCUUUUUCUUAACAUCUCAAAAAACUCACAAGAAAACCAGCAUUUUUUUUCUUUUAAAAUACAGUAGUUGUGUCAAAUUCACAAGAAAUCAACUGAAAACCACAUGAUGGACUAAGAAAUGUGGAUGCAUGUCCACUUUGGGCUUCUGUAAAAAUCUGGAAUGAUUAUUUUACGUAUAUGUACAGUCAUGUGCAGAAGUUUAAGGCAUAGAGGGUGCUAAGGAUUUAUCGUGGGGGCCGAUGUGUCACAACCUGGGACUGGAGAGAGGGGGCAUGGCGGCCAGAAUCAAGCUGUCAACACGUUAGCAGCCAAGAUCAAGCUCGAAGGCGUCUCUUUUUUUUUUCCACCCCUGGGGACUGCUGCCAGUUGUCAUGCACUUGCACCACCAGGGGCUCGUAGCCCUACUUCCCACCUGGGCGGCACUCUAGGCGAUCCCGACCUCCACAUCCACCUUUUACUCCACCCUAAAGUUGUGAACUUUAUUAUUAAAUUUCCAACUGCUUUUUUUGCCAUGCCCCUGGUAAUAUGCAAGGACGUCCAGAACAUGGCCAAGGUUGUGUCAAUCCUCCUCAAUUUUUGGCCCAAAUAUGCCUAAAGGUUCUGUACAGUACCGUAUAUUUCCUUUUCUUUUUUGUUUUUGACAGAAGUGACAUGUGAAACUAGGCCAUGUCAUGCUAAUGUGUUAGCCUGACAUAAACUGUCAUGGCAGAAGUUUGCUAAUGGUUUAAAGAUUGUAGUUAAGAAAUGUUUAAUACAUGCUGCUUUAAUGGGAGUCGCCUGACCGACUCACCAGAGAGUUCCAGAAUGAUUACGAGAGAAAGACAGCAACUGAAUGGUUUCUUUAUUUUUUUGAUAUUUAAUUCUUCUUUUUGACUUGUUGCAGAUGGACAGGUGGUGGUUCUUAAAGAAAACUGAAGUUCAAUAAAAAGUGGAGACAGCUGCUGCUUCUUCAGCGUAGGGUUGACUAAUAAAUACAGGGUGACACAGACAGAUGCUGUAGAUUUCAGGGUUGUAGGGUCGUUUGAAUUUCCAAACUUUCCUGUUAUAAUAAUCAAUAUAAUUUAAAUGUUUGGUAGUUUUAAAAAGUACCAAAGAUUUAAAAUGAAAUAACUCACAAAGUUCUGGAAACAGGAGGUUAGGAGAGUAAUGAAGCCAUCCGAAAAUUGCAGGCAAAUUUAAGCACGCUGUCUAAAUUUUAAGUAAUUGUUGGCAACAAGUUUGCCUGCUAAUUUUGGACAUUGGAAAAUCUAAAUUAUCUAAAACUGGAAGCCUUAGAUUUCUGUCUUUUUUGCUGUGGUGUCAAAAUAGAAAUCAAUCUGGUGUGUUUUUUCCUACAAUCAUUCAGACGUUAAAAAUUCAGUGGCCUGUUUUUGAUGGUUUAAGUUUCAUCUUAGCUUAUUCUAAACCUUACAAAUAGACUAGUUUACUUGAGUAAUGCCAUUGUUUGGUUGCAUCACAGAGAUGUGAGGUUCAUCUUCAAGCAAAUCAAACCAAAAUAACAUAUAUGACGUUUUCACCUGAGGUGACCAGCCUGUGAAAAGCGCUUUUCCUCAUUCACUGUCUGUUACAGUCCUGCCUCUAGUGUCAAAGGCUGCAGUCACACUGUCAGCCUUAAUGUUUUAAUUUAGAUUUUUUAUUUAUUUAUUUAUUUUUUUUAUCUGUUCACAGUUCUUUUCAAAAUGUGGCCUGAAUCCGACUGCUCCAUGCAUUUCAUUUGGUUCACAUAUAAAAGGGCCCCAAUGCAGAUUAAUGCAGACUGAAAACGAUUCGAUAUCCGAUAGCUCAGACUGCAUAAGGAUGUUAAAUUGGUAAUGUUGCUACUAGGGCUGAAAAAUUUGAGAAAUAAUGUAAUUGUGACCAAAUGUGUAAUUAUUUCUAAGUUCCAGUUAUAUAUUUUUCAACAAAAUAGCAAUAUCUCCUUCUGUCUUAUUACAAACAUAGUGUUUGUUAGAUUAAACUGAGGCUGAACAGUUUUGAAAAAAUGUGUAAUCAUGAUUACUUUGACACAUUGCGAAUUCAAUAUGAAUUGCUGUAUUGAAGGGAAUGAUGAUUUUAUGUCUUUCUCAUUUUAAAUCAGACAAAUAGAUAAAACAAAGAAAGUAGGAUUUUUUUUGAGAAGCAGACUGUUCAUCUGAGAUCCCUUAUAUCUCAGAAUGGAAGUGCCAGAAUUUUCCUGUACAAUUUAUUUCCAGUUUUAGUAAAAAAAAAAAAAAGAAAAGAAAAAGAAGAAAAACUUUAUUAAUAAACAAAGUCUGGCAGUUACACUCAUGAAACAACUACAUUAAAACAUGACAGACCAAAAAGAAUUUCAGAAAUAUGAUAAAGAAAAACAGCAAAGGCUUAAUCUGGGAUUAAAUUAUGUGUAGAUCCAUUUUAGAAGUAAUUACAUGAAUGUUGGUUUGCUUUAGCUUCAUUAGCGUAAGCUAAAGCUAAUAUAGCUACGUAAUUAAUGUUGCUUUAUAAGCCAGUGUAGCUUAGUUAUCUUUGGUAACAUGACCAAAUGUAGCUAAAGAUAACAUAGCUAGAUAGAUAUGUACCUAUGUAGCUUACAUAGCUGCUUUGUGACUUUUAUGUAUAGCUACAUAAGCAACUAACUAAAAAAAAUGUAGCUAAAGCUCAAUUAGCUAUGUGGAUAAUGGUGAUACGAGCUGAUGUAGCUGCUUUGUUGAACUUAGCUUUAGCUAAGUAGCUACAUUAGCUAUGCAGCAAUGUCAUCUACAUAGCUAACAGAGCUACCUAAGCUACGCUUGCUGUGUUAGAAUGUUUUCAUGGUGGACUAGCUUUUCUUCUGUGAGCAGACUGUUUACUUGGCUUUAUUAAACAUUUCAUAAUCGGGUUUUGCAGGACAGUGCACCUUUAGGUCUCGUAAUCAUUAUCAUAACCCUCAACAGAAGUUUAAUUGGAUUUUAAUUUGGAAUUGUUUGCAUGUAUUUCAGUUCAGAGAUAUACGGCGUCUCAGAUGAACGGCCUACAGCCAGACUUUCUUGGAUAUUUUAAUGCAGUGCAAUUGUUAGAUUGGUGAAAUUAUCAUGCAAGAAAAUAUCCAUCCACCAUUUACAGGAUGCAAUAAAUAACAGAGCACACACUGCAGACACCUAACAGCUGCUGAAACCUUCUGCUCCUCCAAAAUAUUCCACCUACCGUUCAUCAUGACUUUAUGUUGAAAGUAGCUAAGCUGGAGCAGCAGUUCAAAAUGUUAUAAAGCAUAAAUGCCAUUAAAAAUAUGAACUGACCUUCAAACUAGGCUAUGUUUGGACUACCACAGAGCUGGUGCAACCCAUCAGUCCAAGUCAAAUUUAAUCCCAGACAUUGAAAUCUAAAAAGCCCAAAUAUAUUUCCUAAUAUGACCUGAAAAAGCACAAAUGAAGAUACAUUAUUAGAUUUUACAGAUGACAAUCUUAGAGUAUAAUUUCAGUCCUCGUCUGAUCUGCAGUCAUCCUGAAUAUUAGCCCAACCCUACCUGCAGCAGCUGAAAUACUUUGUCUCACAUAUUAGAGAUAAUCCAGCAGAUAUUUUAACCCUACCUUAGAGAGUCAACUUUGUUUUUCUGUAAAUUAUUUUAUGAAAAUACUCAAAUAUUUUUAUACCACUCUGCUCUCCACACUAACACUGGAGCUCCUUUUAACUGCGCUGCUCCAGAUCGCCACUUUGAUUUUAACCAAUCAUAUGCACAGGCCUCUUCAUGUAUGUAGCUUGUAAUAUAUGAAUAUAAAGAACAAUAUGAAAAUCUGAUCUUUUGUAAAUUAACUCGAUUAGAUGUACUAUGAUUUGUAUCUGAACCAAAAGAGACGAUGAACUAUAAGAGUAUAAUAUUUUUCUCUAACGUUUCUUUGAAUAAACUUGAUUAUUUGUUGGAAUUAAUCGAUUUGAAAGUUUUAAAGGAUGUUUACAGGAAUAAGAGGACAGAUUUUAGUUGUUUUUAAUCACUGCCUUACGUUCUGUUCAUGUCUCCAUGUCGUCUAUGUGUCUGAAAUAUUGAUUUAUGAUAACUCCGGCAGCUUUGUGAAUCUCCUCUCUGGGUUUUAGGCCUGUUUUCUCAUGGCUAACUCAAAAAGCAUAUCAUGCAUUACUGUGUACAGGGCAUUGGUGUGAUGAAAGAUGGACUCAUGACGAUGCAACUCUUUGUUUUUAACUCCUUUAAUCAAACGUUGGCACUGAGACGUUUAAAUCCAGAGGAGGUGGGCUCUUUGAUCCCAAUGUUUUCACUCUCUUUGCAUUACUGCCAAAACCAUCAUUACGUUUUUCCAUCAUCUCUAAGGCAGCUACUGCUUGUCCUCCUCACUGUUUUUCUGGUUUUGAAGUUUUGAUUUGAAAAUGACGAAAUUACCAAAAGUUUUAAGCAUAAAAUGAUCAAAUGUAAUCAAUAUUAGAAAUCAAAAGUCUAAAAUUUGUCACCAUGGUGAGAUGGACAGACAAAAGUGGCUGCUGAAAGGGAAGACAAAACAAUCAUGUCAAAUGGUUUAAAACAUGCAUGAUGCACUUAUUUGUAAAACAACUUGUAUGAUUUGAAGCUAAAACUACAGCCAACAUUCAGGUGCAUCUCAAAAAACUAGAAUAUCCUGUAAAAUUUCAUUUAAUUCCAAUUAUUUACUUCAGAAAGUCAAAGUUCCAUUUAUUCUAGAUUCAUCUCAUGCAAAGUGAAAUAUUGCUAGACUCAAAAUCCUAGAACAUUGUUAGAGUAAAAGUCCAAUUUACAAAGGUUUCCUGAGCCUUCAUUCUCUCACUCUAGUUCAGUUCACACAACAACAAUCAUGGGAAAGACUGCUGACUUUCAUGAAGGUCAUUCUUGAAAGGCCAGGCUGUUCUCAGAGGCUGUAUCAAUGCAGAUUCAUGGAAAGCUGAAUGGAAGGGAAAGAAAAGGAGCACAAGCAACAGGGAUGAGCUCAGCCUUCAGAGGACUGUCAAACAAAGCAGAGCUUAGCGGAGCUUCACAAGGAGUGGACUGAGGCUGGAGUCAGGGGAUCAGGAGCCACCACUCAGACGGGUCCAGGAAAUGGGCCACAAGUGUUGUCUCCUAAGUGUUGAGCCAAUCCUGAACCACAGACGUUACAAGCAUCUCACCAGAGCUAAGGAGAAAAAGAACAAGACCGUUGCUCAGUGGUCCAAAGUUUAAAGCUCUUCAUGUUUUUAUCUGCUGAGAAGCUUUAUGGAGAUACUGGUUUCCUGUUUUAGCUGGACUUCACUGCCCACGGUGAAGCCAAAACCACCAGAAACUGGUUUUCUGACCAUGGUGUUACUGGGUUUGAUUGGCCAGCCAACUGGUCUGAUGCUAUGAAGGAGAGACACCAGACUCAACAAUCCAGAUGAGCUGAAGGAUGCUAUCAGAGCAACCUGGGCUUCAUAGCAGUACCACGGACUGAUCGGCCUCAUGACACAAGCAUAGAUGCCGUAAUUUGUGCAAAAGGAGCUCCAACCAAUUACUGAGUGCAUAACUGAGCAGACUUUUCUAGAAGAUCUUUAAGCCAUAAUCAUCAACUUUAAAAAAAACAGCGUCUGGAGAUUUUUCACUUUGUAGUGAUGAAUCUAGAAUAUAUGUAAGUUUCAUUUCUAGAAUUAAAUGGCAGGGACAAUGAACUUCUUUCAUGAUAUUCUAUUUUUUUUUUUAGAAGCACUUGUAUUUAUCCUGCUUUUCUUGAAUUUUCUUAUCAUUUAGAUGUUAAAUGUUGAAUAUAUUUUUCAACAGUCUUUUAAGAGUUUCACUGCCCUCCUCCUCUGCCUCAAAUUGUCUCAGUCUUACGUUUUACAUGCACCUUUACUCAGACUGGAAACCAAUACGAAGCCAUGAUACAGAGGGUCCUGUCCAACAGCAUCACAUCAGAAAGGAGCACAUUGAGCAUGUGCAGAUGUGUUACCUUUCACCGCUGAUGUUUAGGAUGCAAAAAUGUCAGAUUAUCAAUGACUCUGUGCUGGCUGUAUUGCUUUUAAUAUUUGCUCUGCUCUUUUGUUUACAUGCAAUUUUUCUCUUUAUGACUAGAAAGAUCAGAAUCCAGAACAGUCCAGUCCAACAGGUUUUACUUUCCCCUUUCUAUCUGAUUUGUACAUUUAUUUCUACACAUUUGAAUCAAAAUUUUGUUUGCAAAAAGACCCUUCUCUGAGCCUGCUUAUGCUUGCAUUGACAUCCACUUUGGGCUUUCUGAUGCCAAUCGGCAGCCCUUUAUAGUAGAUGUGGAUGCACCUCAACAUGUACGGAAAACGGUUUGAUAUCUGAUCGCUCAGACUGCACACAGAGAUGGUCUAGGAUGCCUUCACCCUGGUUGGUUUGGUAGUGUAGUCACCACAUGUUCUGUCACAGUAGGCAUAGUUAGUCCACCAUGAAGCAAGAAGAUGAACUUUUUUAUGUCCAUCCAGCCUUGGUCAUCAAUUGUCUUUAAUUGAGUGGUCAUGUCGGUCUAACCAGCACUGCACAAGGCUCAUUUACCUAAUAGUGUGUCACUGUUCCCUUUCAAAGCAUGUUUAGGACAGACAAGGAAGAAGAGGCAACACUGAGCUUUUACCUCAUGGCUAAUUCACCCUUGUUCAUUUGUAUUGCCUGCAGCUUCUCCCACAAAAUGGGGGAGAAAAGCUGCUAAAAAAGGCACAGCUUGCCUUUAAAGAACCUUUUCCCCUCAUUUUCCCAUUAACAAGCUCUUAAAGGGAGAUGUCACUUGCUUUAUAUUGAUUAAAAGAAACCUUGGGGGAUGCUGGUUAGACUGAAGUGACAGCUAAGCUGAGGGAAAGCAUCUAGCAGUGCUGAACAGACGCAGCCAUGCUAUAAGCCUGAGCACCAUCUAAGUGGCAUGAGUUGUUUUAUGCAUAAGAAGGUUUAAGAGCUCUAAUUCCAGGCUAUAACUGGAUAAGAUUUGUUAAAAUUUAAACCCAUGUGCUCAAGUGCAGUCAGCUCGGUAUCCAGUUACCCAGCAUGGAUGUUAAGCAAACAUAACAGGGUCUCUGAUUGGCUCUGAAGACCUCCCAUCCUUCUUUAAAGGCACAGCUGAAUUUUUAUAACCGGUUCGAUCGCUGCUGGUCAUGAAAACUGUCAAAGGAUUUAAAGUGAGCCGGGUUCACCCCACCUCCAUCUCUCCGUGUCAGACUUGUGUUGAUCUGACUCAGACGUUUAGAGCUGAGCUGAGCCCGGCCCUGGUCUGGUCCCCUCUGCUGAGCCCUGUAACAGAAUCUGAAACUUCUCAUUGUGGAUUUUGAAGCGUGUUUAAUUUCCUUUUUGUUUUGUUUUUUUAAAUAUACUGGAUUUAACAUGUCUUAUAAAUGAGCCUGAAACAGAACAGAAAAUAUCAUCAGUGUACAUACGGAGAGGAACAACAACAGUUAAAGUCCCUCCACAACUAUAAACCUGAUACUCAUUAUUUUUUCAACAAUAAAAAUAUUAAUCAAA